AUGUAACUGCUAUAAUAUAUCAUCUAUGAAUUGGAGAAUAAUUGCCAUGGAAAUAUAUAUUUAUUUUUAUAUAAUGGAAUAUUAUUCAGCCAUAAAAGAGAAUGAAAUCUUGCCAUUUGCAACAGGGAUGGAGCUCGAGAAUGUAAGUGGAAUGAAGUAAAUAAGUCAGUCAGAGAAAGAUACUAUAUGCUUUCACUCCUAUGAGGAAUUUAGGAAAGAAAACAAACAAGCAUGGGAAAGAGAGACAGAGACAGAGAAGAGAGGGAGAGAGGCCAGCCAACAGACUCUUGACCUUUGAGAACAAACCGAUGGUUACCAGAGGGAAAGUGGGUAGGGGGAUGGGGGAACAGGUGAUGGGGAUUAUGCACUUGGCAUGAUGAGCACAGGGUGAUAUAUGAAAUUGUUGAAUCCCUACAUUGUACAGAAAGUGUACUGAAACGUAUACAACACUGCUUGUUAAGUAUAUUGGAGUUAAAAUAAAAUGAAAAGAAGUGUCUGCCAUGUAACAGGGAGUCAGUUAAUGUUAGUUUUGUUGGCCUGAAUUUUAGUUUUGGAGCGCGGGUACCGCGAUGUGGGGUAGAUGGCAAGGAUCUGUCCUGGGUUUGGUUUUCUGGGUCUCCCCACUUAUCUGUCUUUCUUGGCCUUUCUAUCUUUUAACUUCAGGGAAACGUCUCCCUCUGUCUCAUCCCCGGGUUGACUUAUCACCCUCCCUCAGGACCUAGAUGCAGGGCGUUUCCCUCUUAGGCAGAUACUUGACUCCUUGCCUACCUUUAGUUCAGUACGCUUACAUACUCCGGAAAGUGUGGGUGAGACCUACGUAGCACUGGUGGACCUGCAGGCAGAUGGCUCUUCUUCAGGCCAAUAAGGAUCUCAUUUCUACAGGAAUGAAGGAAUUUAAUGUUCUGCUGAAUCAGCAGGUCUUCCCUAAUCCUCCUCUACCUGAAGAAGCCAUGAUGACGAUGGUGGAUGACUGGGUGAACUUCUACAUCAGCUAUUACAGGAAGCAGAUGGUAGGGGAGCAGCAAGAGCAGGAGCGGGCUCUGCAGGAACUUGAGCAAGAGCUAAGAACUCUGUCUGCCCCUUUCCUGACCAAGUAUAGGGCAUUCUUGAAGUCCCUUUGAGCACCUAAAUCACUCAGUGCCUUUCUCCUAGCCCAAAUACCCAGGCCUGCAUCUCUAAGAAACCCUCAAAUCCUGCCUCUGUGUUCUUUAAGUGCUCAGCCUCGGCUCCUUCAUGGUGUUAUUCUACCCUGACACCUCAAUAAAGACCAAACUGGUUUGCCGGUC